UACAAUUUUGUUUUUGGUAAAAGAUACUAGUGUAACUAGUGAGUGGGUGAACAAAAUAAUUAUAAAAAUGGGAGCGGAACUAAUGGAAGAUGGAUUUCUCAUGAGGUUCAUGAAUAUUGUUGACUCUUUCACUCAUUUUAACCUCGGAGCGGUGGCCUUCACCCUUUUCAGUAUUUCUGCGGGAAUUGGAGUGUCUACCAAUACAGUGGCGAAUACUUUGGUGCAGCACAUGGUUCUAACAGUGCUUGGAUAUGUCGUUUUAUUCGCGCAAUCGUUGCUCGUGCUGAGUCCCAAUAAUGGAUGGUCCAGGAGUUACAGUGACAAAGAAAAAAAUAUCGUCCAUGGGGUCAUGCACUUCAUUGGCUGUGUAUUGGCACUGGCCGGCGGCGGGGUUGCCAUGGCUGGCGUGUCUCUGCAGUACAACAGCACUCAUGGCAAGAUGGGCAUAGCAGUGAUGGUCUUCACAGGACUGAGUUUGAUCGUAGGCCUGGUGCACCACUUCACCAGCUGUAUGCCCCGGGUCAUGCAUGCCUGCCACAUGGGGCUGGCCUGCCUCACCAUAAUCUUUGCCUUCGUAACCAUGACGCUAGGAAUCGACACGGUUUACAGAGGACUCUUAAACGAUCGCAUGACUGAUCUUCUUAUAGCUUUCUCGGUGAUUGCUCUUGUUGGCACUAUAUUGCCUAGCUGUGUAAGAGUUCUGAAACGUUUAAUAAAUUAGAUAUAAUUAUCUUAUUUGUAAAUCAUUUAUAUUUAAUUUUACGGCCAGUUAUUAUAAGUACUUUCAAUUCAUAUAUUAUCAUCGAUGAGUGACUGUGUAAACAUAAAUGUAUAAUAGCGAUGGGUGGUUGAUUCACAUUGAAUAACGAACUGAAUAAACAAUUU